AUGGUAUGCCAGAUUCUAAAAUUGGCCACAAGGUAUAGAAAGCGUUAUGUUAAAUCAUAUCUUUCAUUAUUCAAAAAAAUUUAUGAUGAUUAUUAUCCAUGGUAUUAUCUAGCAUUAGGACCUCUCUUUGAAUUCUUCUUUUAUCAGGAAUAUGGAAUUAUGUUUCACCAAAAUGACCCGUCAAAAUUCAAAGAAUUUGAAGCACAAAAAUGUUCAGUAUAUGUUUGUGAAGAAAACCCGAUAUAUAGGGCUUUAAUGAAUGACAACUUAGACACAUUCAAAAUUAUAGCAGAGCAAGAUGGUUUCGAUAAGGAUCAAUUAAUCAAAUGUAGUUUACAUCCUGACCCUUAUGGAAAAGGAGAAUCAUUGAUUGAUAUAUGUUGCCUUCAUGGAGCAGUUGGAUGUUUUAAAUAUUUAAGAGCAAAAUAUGACUGGACUUUAACUAUCAAAAAUCUUCAAUUUUCAUUAUUGGGCGGAAAUUCAAGCAUCAUUAAUGAGUGCCUACAGUAUGUAGAUCCCGAUGAAAAAGUAAUGCAAUAUGCAAUUAUUUCUCAUAAUCAAGAUUUUGUGGUAUAUUUGAUGAACAAUUAUGAUUUGAAAAUUAAAUUAGAAUGGUGUUCUGAGUUUCACAACCUCGAUGCAUUCCUAAUAUACAUGGAUUAUAGCAAAGAUAUUAAUAGUUGUUUUACACAUUCGUUGAGCUUUGGAAUUAAUUCUCUCUGUAAAUCAUUUAUUGAAUAUGGAGUAGAUGUUAAUUCGAAAGAUAAUAUUUUUGGCUAUUCUAUUCUUCAUGCUGCAGUCAUAGAAGGUAACAGGGAAUUGAUUAAAUAUCUUUUAUCUCAUGGUGCUGAUGUUAAUGUAAAAAAUAAUGCUGGAGAAACUCCACUUUUUUCCACAUGCAAUCAUGGAAUCAUUGAUUUUGCCGACAUCCUUAUUUCAAAUGGUGCGAAUGUAAAUUCAAAAAAUAAUCAUAAAGAAACACCCCUUCACUUUGCAGCACGUCAUAGCAAGGAAAUUUGCGAAAUUUUAAUUUCAAAUGGUGCGAAUGUAAAUUCAAAAAAUGAUUAUAAAGAAACACCCCUUCACUUUGCAGCACGUCAUAGCAAGGAAAUUUGCGAAAUUUUAAUUUCAAAUGGUGCGAAUGUAAAUUCAAAAAAUGAUCAUAAAGAAACACCCCUUCACUUUGCAGCACGUCAUAGCAAGGAAAUUUGCGAAAUUUUAAUUUCAAAUGGUGCGAAUGUAAAUUCAAAAAAUAAUCAUAAAGAAACACCCCUUCACUUUGCAGCACGUCAUAGCAAGGAAAUUUGCGAAAUUUUAAUUUCAAAUGGUGCGAAUGUAAAUUCAAAAAAUGAUCAUAAAGAAACACCCCUUCACUUUGCAGCACGUCAUAGCAAGGAAAUUUGCGAAAUUUUAAUUUCAAAUGGUGCUAAUGUCAAUGCAAAAAAUAAUAUAGGAAAAACACCACUUCAUAAAGCUUCUCAAAAGAACAAUAAAUAUGUUGUAGAAUUUCUUAUAAAUCAUGGUGCAGAUGUUAAUGCCAAAAAUAUAAAUGGGAAAACUCCUUUAAAUAUAGCAAUUGAAAAGAAUAACAGAGAGGCUCAAAUCAUUCUUGUUUUUUAUGGUGCAAAAGAAACAUAA